UCUCCCUUUUUAUAUUUUUUAUUUUAUUCUCUCUCAUCCUCACUCUUGCCAUGUCCCUUUGAGAGAACUGCACGAAACCAAGUCUAAAAAAACGGAUCCCAAUUCAUAACUGAACCCUAACCCUAGAAAACGGGGCUUAUCCUCUUCUUCCCAUUUCUGUUCGUCCAUUCAAUCUGAAAUCGAACAAGGUGCGAUAGGGUUUGUCACUUUACCUUCACUGGCGCGCGCGUUAGGGUUUCGCUUCACGUUGUUACGCUAGGGUUUGGAUUUAUAUGAUGGAAUGCUCUGUUUUGUGUGUACCUUGUUGUUGCCGGCGAUGACCGGGGGCCGAUGUCACCCGUCGAAGAGCAUGGCGGAGGGAGGGGAUGCUGCCGCCAUGGAGAGGCCCUGCCAGUCUAAUUUUCCGGCAGAAACGCCUCGCCACGCCGCCGUGCACGAGAUUGAUUACUUGUCGCAGGCUAGGAAAACACUCAGCGAGCGUUCACCGUUCGACGCUGCUGAAGAAACAUCAACUUCCGCAGCGGUUACUUUGCCCAGUGGCUUGGCUAGUUUGCUGAACCGUCACACUGAUAACCGGAGGCGUCCCAAGAAGGCUCAUUCUGCUGGGGAUAAGAGAAAAUCUUCCUCUAGGGCAAACCAGAAGAAGGCAGAGACUUCUAACAUUUGGAUUGAAACGGAGGAAUACUUUAGGGACUUGACUUUGGCUGAUAUCGACACCUUGUUUGAGGCCUCUUGCACUUCUAGUUUAGCGUCUCAGGACUGUUUCUCCAUUCCGCUAUUGGGAAAUGCUCCGAGGUACAAUGCAGUUACUACUACUAGUGAGAAUGAUAUGGAUCCUGUUCCAAAAUUCAAUGUAGUUAGUAGUGUGGAUGAAAAGAAGGACGGCUUAGUUACUAGUGAGGAUGGAAAAAAGGAUGGCUUAGUUAGUAGGGAGGAUGAAAAGAAGGGCGGUGAAGCUGUGGGAAAUGAGGACGAAUUGUUCGUUAUUGAGGCAAUUGACCCUGUUGCUGUUGAACAAGCUUGUCCACAGAAUGACAAGAGUCAGGAUAUUUCUGAUUCCUCUAUUAGUUUAGAGUGGUUUUUAGGUUGCAGGAAUAAAAUUUCUUUAACUUCUGAGCGCCCUACCAAGAAAAGGAGGCUUUUUGGGGGCGAAGCUGGUUUGGAAAAAGUUAUGAUGACUUGUCCUUGUGAUGAUAGCCAACCAUUUUGCCAUUAUUGCGGCAGGGGAGACAUUGGGAGAGAUUCCAAUAGGUUAAUUGUAUGCACUUCUUGUAAAGUGGCAGUGCACAGGAAGUGCUAUGGUGUGCAAGAAGAUGUAGACGAGUCUUGGCUAUGCUCCUGGUGCAAGCAAAAGGGUGAUGUUGAUGAGUCGACGAAUCCUUGUGUUCUUUGUCCAAAGAAGGGUGGUGCAUUGAAACCAGUUACUAGCAGCGUGGAAGGUGCCAGGUCUGUCCCGUUUGUGCACUUGUUUUGCUCUCUGUGGAUGCCUGAGGUUUAUAUAGAUGAUUUGAAGAACAUGGAACCUGUUAUGAAUGUGGGACGAAUCAAGGAAACCCGGAAGAAAUUAGUGUGCAGUGUUUGCAAAAUGAAGUGUGGUGCAUGUGUUCGGUGUAGCCAUGGAAGCUGCAGAACUUCUUUCCACCCUUUAUGUGCAAGGGAAGCUAGCCAUAGAAUGGAGGUUUGGGCAAAGUAUGGUAAUGAUAAUGUUGAGUUGAGGGCUUUUUGUGUGAAACACUCAGAUCUACCAGAGAACAGAAGCGUCUUGCCAUUGGAAGGCUCUAUCACGGUUAGAAAUGAAUUUUCAGAAGCCAAUGGUUGUCCAGAGACAUUCCCAGUGAGUGGUGAAAACAACUUGAAAGAUCGCAGGAAUGGAGAAUUAGCCUCCAAUAGUAGUCCCGACAAAUUGAAUCAUAAUGAUGAACCACCAGAUGGAGGAUUAUCUGAUUGCAGGUUAAGUGGUCAUGACAUGCAGUUUAACCACCAGAAUGUUGGUGCAUCUGACUCUCUCGGUUUUGCACUUGUUUUGAAGAAGUUGAUUGAUCGAGGAAAAGUUGAUGCAAAAGAUGUAGCAUUGGAGAUUGGCAUUUCACCUGAUACAUUAACUGCAAAUAACAAUGAAGCAUAUAUGGCCCCUGAUGUGCAACAAAAAAUAGUCAAUUGGCUAAAAGCCCAUGUGUAUACUGGUGCAUUUCAGAAAGGUUUAAAAGUCAAAUUCAAACCAGCCAAUGCAUCCAAAAAUGAUAGUGCAGCCACAGAUGGUUCUGAUACUUUACCAAUAUCAGAUUCGGGUUUGCUGGAUCCUGUUGCUGUUAAGUCUGUUCCACCAAGGAGAAGAACCAUCAGUAACAUUAGGAUUUUGAAGGAUAAUAAAGUGCUAGGUUCAUCUGAGGGGGUUACUUGUGAGAAUGGGGUGCCAGUGGACAUUUGCCGAGUAGGUCAGUCUGACUGUGACAAUUCAGUGAGUGCCAAUGAAACAUCCAUUCCCAAUGCAACUGAAAUGAACUUAACCAAGUCUGAGGAUAUUUCUCAUGAAGUUCAAGUGUGUAGAUUCAUUAUGCAGGCAAGGCUGAUAAACCUUACAAAACCUGCUUUUCUGGACAUGUCUCAGAAGACAAGUCUACUGCUUGUUUGGAAAAUGCUUCUAUGGUUUCUGAUCAGCAUUGUCUUGUUCAUUCUGCUUCAGAACCACCUGAUUCUGGUUUCAUGUGAGCUUUUCAAAGUGGAUAUUUUUGUUAUUUGCUUCAUAAAGAAGGAUGCAAUCUCUAGUUACAUUCAUCCAUACAUCAACAAGAAAUUGAUGCAGAUUCGUGAUGGGGUGCCCUUGGAUGACAUUAUAUCAGGUUCAAGUUCAAGUGAUGAGGGAAAUUCUUCUUUGGUUCAGCCCUUAGGGGCUAGUGGCAGCUCAAGUAGCCAAAACCAGAACUUAACUUGCAUUGACAUUUCAAAGCCUGAUGAAGUUAAUAUGGAGCAAUUGGUUAGGGCUAGAAAAAUGGGACUUUUGGAAUUUUCUCCACAAGAUGAAUUGGAGGGGGAACUUGUUUAUUUUCAGUAUAGAUUAUUGCAGAAUGCAGUUGCAAAAAAGAGGCAUAUUGAUAACUUAAUCCACAGUGUUGCUAAGAGUUUGCCACUAGAGAUUGAUAAGGCACAUCAACGAAGAUGGGAUGAUGUCAUUGUUAAUCAAUAUCUACGCGAUCUUAGAGAGGCAAAAAAACAGGGCCGAAAAGAAAGAAAGCACAAGGAAGCACAGGCUGUGUUGGCUGCUGCAACUGCUGCUGCAGCAGCAUCUACCAGGGCUUUCCGGAAAGACACCUUAGAUGAAUCCUUGCAACAAGAGAAUCUGUUAAAAUUGGAUGCUCUAAAUGGAAGGACUGGUGCUUGUUCUCAGCCAAUGCCUCGAGCCAAAGAGACACUUUCAAGAGUAGCUGUGACAAGAACUUCCUCAGAGAAAUAUUCGGAUUUUUGCAUGCCAUCAUCAGAUUUUUCUAAGGAACAAUUUAAAUCAUGUGAUAUUUGCAGACGAUCAGAGACUAUAUUAAACCCUAUCCUAGUCUGCUCUGGUUGCAAGGUUUCAGUUCACUUGGAUUGCUAUCGUAGUGUUAAAGAAACAACAGGUCCAUGGUACUGUGAGUUAUGUGAAGAUUUGUCAUCUAGAAGCUCUGGGGCAUCUGCUAUCAAUUUCUGGGAGAAGCCUUAUAUUGUUGCAGAAUGUGCUCUCUGUGGUGGUACUUCUGGUGCUUUUAGGAAGUCUUCUGAUGGUCAAUGGGUCCAUGCCUUCUGUGCUGAGUGGGUUUUUGAGUCUACGUUCAGAAGAGGACAAAUAGAUGCUGUUGAAGGAAUGGAAACUGUGUCAAAAGGAGUUGACAUUUGUUGUAUCUGCCACCGCAAGCAUGGUGUAUGCAUGAAGUGUUGCUAUGGCCAUUGUCAGACCACAUUCCAUCCAUCCUGUGCUAGAAGCGCUGGUUUGUACAUGAAUGUGAGGACUGCUGGUGGCAAGGCUCAACACAAAGCUUAUUGUGAAAAACAUAGUUUGGAGCAGAAGACAAAGGCUGAAACUCAAAAGCAUGGAAUUGAAGAGUUAAAAAGUAUCAGGCAAAUUAGGGUUGAAUUAGAGAGAUUACGUCUCCUUUGUGAAAGAAUUGUCAAACGUGAAAAAAUAAAGCGGGAAUUGGUACUAUGUUCACAUGACAUACUUGCCUUUAAAAGAGAUCAUGUUGCUAGGUCUAUUCUGGUUCAUAGCCCUUUCAUCCUUCCAGAUGGUAGUUCAGAAUCAGCUACAACGUCCCUUAAAGGGAACACAGAGGGAUACAGAUCAUGCAGUGAACCACUCCAAAGAUCAGAUGAUGUUACUGUGGACAGUUCAGUUUCUGCUAAGCACCGUGUCAGAGUUGCCAUUUCUAUGGACACAGACCCAAAACUGGAUGACGACUGCUCAACCUCUCAAAGUCACUAUAACCACAAGAUUCCAGAAAGAACGCAAUUUUCUGGCAAGAAGAUUCCUCAUAGAGCUGCUGUAUCACGUAAUAUUUCGGAGGAGGGUGGAUGGAGAUCCAAAUCUAGAAAGCAUGCCGAGACAUUUGGAAAAGAGCUUGUUAUGACGUCAGAUGAAGCAUCUAUGAAGAAUUCAAUGCUACCUAAAGGAUAUGCAUAUGUUCAUGCUGAUUGCCUGUCAAAUGACAAGCACUCUAACGAGGAUGUAUGUGCUAGUGGACCAGGGGAGCAUGACAGGUAGAGUGUUGGAUCCCAGACUGGUUCUUUAUUUAGCCCUCGAGGCUCACAUCCAAAGUAUUCGAUGCCAUGCAAUUUUGCUCGUGGGGGGAGAGUUUUAUAUGAGAAUGGCAAAAUGUAGAGAUAGGGUUCUGGUCACUGAAUUGUUGCAGAAUGUUGCUAUCUGCUCUGGCGGGGGCAAGUUUUGUUAGCAUUGUUGUACAUUCCUUAUGAGAGUAAACUGUACAGUGGAUGAGCAUUUCUUGCAUUUACUUGUAUUAGAAGGGCAUGCAUUCCGUUUUAUUGAGACUGGCGGGAAGGACCAAACGGAAGCACUCCUUGUAAUCAUACAAGGGAAGAUCAGGGAAUCACCUGUUUUUCUGUAAAGUUGAUGUACAUAUUUUCAUGACAGUUGUAGUAAUUCUGAAAGGGAACGUGCUCGGCAUCAGAUCCACCGAGCAUAUAAAUUAUAUCUUCCACAUCCUAAAAUUGUAUUCCCCCCGUUAUACUUCAUUUCUAUUAUGAUGAUUCUUGUGACUACUGAAUUCCCUGAUAUUAUAAUGUAGUUAACGAUAAUUUGAUCCUUUCAUUUUUUUUUAU